AGGCAACAAACCAAAUUCUUAUCUUAUCGCAGAGCACAGGUGGAUGCCCGUCGCCAUCGUCAAUGUCAUUGCAUCACAACAAAGCGCAUCCGCCGCCAAUACUCUUCGAUCAAUUUGACAGACCUCGACCCAAGUCCUCACCGAUACGCCGCUAUCGCCAAUCACCCUUCGUAUCCCUAUAAUGUCUACUGGCAGCUCGCAAGACCCUACGACAGGUGCACCGACAAAGGUCGACGACUCUUACGCCGAGAGCAAGGCCAAGUUCGAAAGCAAAGCCAAGAGCGAGUACUUCGAUCCUUGUCAGGAACUCGCCCAGAAGAGCAUCAAGUGCCUGCACCGAAACGGUGGCGACAAGACAAUGUGCGGUGACUACUUUCAAGCGUACAGAGAUUGCAAGAAAGCCUGGUUCGACAGGAGAAAAGAAGAGAGAAAGAAGAACGGCGGGUGGUGGUGAUGGGUCAACUUCUGACCUUGUUCGGGCGACCAUUGCGACGAUUACGAGACGGAUCGAACGGACGGAUCCGUUCAAUCAUUGAAGCGAUCGCAGGGAAUAUCGAGUGCGAAACCGGGAAAAGUGUACACUAUGUAUAAUGCUGCAUGUGCGGGAAGGAGGUGUUAUGUUAUUCGAGUAAAUUCGGUCAUGCCUGGAAGCCCGUUGAGAGGCUGCUAAGUGACCACCGGGCCAUGUGGGCGGAUACUUUUAGCAUUGGGGAACAAAUUUUUUUUUUUUUUU